AUAUAAGAAACUAAUUACAAGGAAUGUCGUCUUCAUCUUCAUCCAUAUCCCUUCUCAUUUUACCGAAAAACAGACUAUAUAUCAGUAAACAUCAGUAGUUCAUCAUCUCGUCCAUGGAUGCCAAGUCAAAAACCAUGCCUCCCCGCGUGUACAUGGACUUCAACCCCCUUCUUGAGUGGAUUCGCGGAGAAAUGUUGGAUGUUGCUCUUAUUCAUGUACCCGGAUUCAAGAAGGAGCAACUCAAGGUGGAGAUAGAUACCCAAGGCAACAUCUGUGCCAGCGGCGAGCGGCCGCUCGACACUGAUGGCAAGCAAUGGCGGCGAUUCUCCACAAACCUCCAAAUACCAGCCAACUGUGACAUUAACAGCGUGCAUGCCAAGUUCGAAAACGAUACGCUCCAUAUCUUCUUCCCCAAGCUGGUCCCUGCUGUUAUUGAGGCAGCACCUAAGCCGACCACCACCGACAAGCGCUCAGCCACUGCCACAGGUGUCUAUGCGACAGGGAAGGAGAAUAAGGCAGACAAAACAAAUAGUCAAAAGAAAAAGGCACCGUCAGCACCGUCGGAAAGUUUGAAGCCCAGCUAUGACAAGGCAGAGUUUGAAAGCUUGAAGCCAACCAAUGGCCGGAGUGAGGGGGUGGCACAUGGCGCAGGUGGCAGGGAGGUGGAGCUAACUCCGGUGAGGAAGAAACUGCUAAUGAAUGUUGCGGUGGCCACCCUGGUGUUCCUUGGUCUUGGAUUUUAUUUGAAAUACAAGUUUACCAAGGCAGAGACAAGAUGAAGACUUUUGUCAAUGACUCAAGCAUCAACAAUUACUUGUAACCUUAAUCAAAGAAUUCUUAUACACAAAUAAAACAGAGAUGAUUGAUACAGUCUCUAAUCUGUGUAGGGAAUGGCAAAGCUUAUACAAGUUUAUUUAAACACAAUUUUGAAAAAUAAAACAAAAUAGAAAAUGAUCAUGUACCAACCAAGAACUUUUAGAAAAUGGAACUAAUAUUGCAGUAGAAUUUGACACAUGAUAGUUCUCACUGGGAGAUGAGUGUGCCUAAUUGCAGUUAUAUGGCCUGAACAAUCUCCAUUUUUGUUAUAUUCUAAAGGUAUAUUGAUAUGGGCAAAACCACAAAACUGGCACAUGAUGGAGACAACAUGAGAUGGGAUCUCAACAUUGGAUUCACCAUACUUUCUUUCUAAUAAAAAAGAGAAACAUUACUACUCCAAGAACAAUGACGACAGGAGCCCAUUUUCGAAUAAAAGCCUGCAAGGAUGAGGAUUCAAAGUUCAGUGGACGAGAACACAUUGUGUGUAAAAAGGCAUUUAGGGUUGGAUCAAUUUAGAAUGCAAUUUAUCUACGAUAUAUUCUUACACCCGUUUUCAGGCCACAGAUAAAUUGCAACAAGUAUACAACAUAAAGAAAAGUAGUUUAGUAGCAGGGGUGUCGACGGGCAGUUCUGAGCAGGACCUCCUGCUCUUGAU